AUGUUCCGAACGAGGAUGCAGGAGUUCCUGGACUUGGGCACUCGCACGCACGAGAAGCUGCGGGAAGCAGUUGUUGUUGAUCGAGUGCGGAAUUGGAAGGAUUACUUUGGGUUCAUGGCCCUACAGAUGAAGGGACACACCGGCCCCACAGCUCCUCGAGUUUUCCAAUUCGUCAGGCGUUCAGGCCUGCCGGAUACACAUCCGCUUCGAAGAUCCGGAUCUCCCAUGGAUGUGGUGUUGAGGUGCAGGGUUUCAGAUGUCCCGCGUUGCAGGUGCAAGCAGUACAUGUGUGAUCCUCACUUCUACCAGAGCCUGGAUUUCUUGACCGCUGCCCACGUGGACAAACUACCGGCUGCGCUGCCCACAAGCUUCUUGGAGCGGGUUCGGAAAACUGCCAAGUACAAGGCCAUGAUUCUCAGACAUGCGGACAUGCUGAAAGACCCCGCGUUUGGUAUGCCAAGUGCUUCACAAGAAUUGCGAGAAUGGGUCAAUGAGACUCGGCGAGAGCUGCCGCCCUUGAAGGUCACACACUGUUGCUUCUUUGCCCGCCACCGGAGUCUCCAUGACAAUGAGCCCGUUGUUCUGGCGGAAGAUUCAUCCUGCGACAUGGGCCCCCAAGCUUCUGCGCUGGAACCCCCUGUGGCACAGGUUGUCGUCUGUGAGAAGAAGAUGCAGGGUCUGGCCCGCAAACGCAAGCUGCGGGAGGAAGCAAAGACGACGCUGGCUGAAGCCGAAGCUGCUUUCAAAAGUAGUACGGUGACGUUUCUGAUGAAGCAUCAAGAAUUCAGCCUUUCUGAAGCUUCAAAGAUUGCAGAUGUCGCUUGGCGAAAGAAGAAGAGUGCAGAGGCCGCAUCGCAGGCGAGUGGGUCUGGAGGCAGACGUCCACUUCAUGAUGACGACGGAAGUGAUCAGGAGACCGUCAAAGCAGGCUUGUAG